CGUGUAGACAUGUGAGAAAACUUAACCACCUCUGGUCACUGCAGGUGGCCCCUCGACCCUCACAAUCUUAUCCAUAUCUGUCCGAGACCAGUAUAAAUUGGAUAGCACCCUCAAGACCUAACGGAUCAGUAUGGUAGUGAUGCCUAUGUUAUCUGGGAAGAUCUAAACACCAACAGCCUGAGUAAGUUUCAGGCUAGAUGAUGAGAGCAGAUCACCUGAAAAUAUCUGAAGGUAAUCUUCAGGAAUUCCUAAAAAAAUUAUUGAUUUUAGGCAAAAUGUCCAAAAUCUAAUUACCAGAGGGAUUCUCCACAGAGCUUUGGGGGACAUGGUGAAUACAGAACUUGGCAUAUCUGUACAACGAAUCCCACCUCAAAACCUAGUUGUCCGGCUUUUCCAUCGUGAGAUACACAAGCAGUCACACUGUCAGUUACAUACUGACCGAUUCUUCUACCAAAAUGUCUCGCCGAACUUUACUGUAACAAAUGUUCAGAAGCCACCAUGUUUCCUGAGGAAAUUUAGUCCUGAUGGAAGAUUCCUGAUUGCUUUUUCUGCAGACCAAACCAGCAUAGAAAUCUUCCGGUACAUGGGACCAUCUGCUGCUGCCGACUUAUUACAUUGGUGUGAGAGUACAUCUGUCCUUAAAGAAAAUGAUCCAAAAACCCAUGAAAUUCGUAGGAAUAUUUUUGAUAGUUUCUUCAAGCUGAAACACACUGUGACUGUUGCAACAAAUGGUGAACAACUUAAUCGUGAAUGCAGCCUUUUCACGGAUGAUGGCAAGUAUGUUAUUGUUGGAUCUGCUGCCAUUGAUGAUGUCAACAGCAUCGACCACUUCGAUAUGUACAGAAAUAAUGAAUCGGUUACCCCAAACCCUCGCUCUCCUCUUGAAGACUACACACUUCAUAUUGUUGACAUUGAAAUGGGCCGACUCUGUGAUUCCAGGACAUUCUUGCAUGAUAAGAUAUUCCUUUCUCAUAACCAAGGGCUUUACUUGUACCGACAGACACUUGCCGUUCUUUCUGUACAGCAUCAAACCAUACACAUAUUUCAGAUAACAAAAGAUGGAUGCUUCUUAGACGUUCGCACAAUUGGCAGAGUUUGCUACGAGGAUGAUGACUACUUGCUGGCCACGGUCUGCACGGAUCGAAUGCAAUGGAGUUAUCAGCAUGUUAGAGAGAAAAUAAUUAAUUGUCUUAAACACAGGCUGCUUGUGUUUCUUUAUCGGCGUGCUGAAACCAUUAGUAUGGAAGAGGGUAACCCCCGUGCGCUACGAGAGUUUUGUCACUACUUUGAUCAUCUGUACCGCCUUCGCAUGUGGAAAAUGCAGCUUCUAGAUGAUGUUCACUUACUUAUAAAGUAUGCCUCUGAGGAAGUGGUCACUCUUCGAGCUGCCGAACCAAAUGGACAGCCAUCAUUUUUUGUUGUAUACAACAUGAUCUCGACUGAAGUUCUUGCAGUCUACAAAAACACAUCUUCAGAACUCUUAGAACUUUUUGAAAAGAUGGCAGAUUUUUUCCGCAAUGCGAGAUUGAGCUGUGAAUCUCAGUUCACGUGCUCACCAUCGAAUAAUAACUGGGCAAGGUUGAUUCACAAAAGGUUCAAGAAAACGAUCAUCAACGCUCGUGGCGGCGGCAUCACCGAGGCAACAAAACGACUCUUGGGCCAAUUGCCAAUCUCAGCUCAGUCAUUCUCAGCUUCUCCGUACUUGGAUUUGACACUUUUCUCAUACGACGACAAAUGGGUCUCGGUAAUGGAACGACCCAAGAACUGUGCAGAUCAUCCUAUUAGGUUUUAUGGUCGUGAUUCAGGCUUGAUCAAAUUCUGUAUCAACGCAGAACGAGUCGAACUUCCAGGAUCCACCGCUCAGUCAGCAACUGCCCGGAGGCUUGUAGCAUUUACAUUUCACCCUGCAGAUCCAUUUACUAUCUCAGUUCAAAGAGCAAAUGCAGACUAUGUUGUGAACUUUCAUUUGAGGCAUCGGUCUAGCUAAAUUAUUUGUAAAUAUUGUAAGCACAUCUGUUACCUCCAUUAGCAGGGAAAAGAUAUGACCUACCUCUUGGUAAACUGUUUGUGCAUAUAUUUAUGAUUGAUAAUGUGCUUAAACAUAUUUUCUACUAAAUUAUACUGUAGAUUUUAUUUCUUGAAUAUACAUUUAUACAUUUACAAAUAUCUUCAUAAUGCAGUGCAUUAUUAUUAUUAUAGGGAAAUCAUUAAACUCACAUGUCAUAUAAUGCUUGGAGAAGGCCACCAGAUUCAAUUCCUUGCAUCAAGAGCCCCUCACCAGUGUCUAGGAAUCUCCUGUUAGGGGUAUGUUGCUGCACAGUCUUGAUAACUAUUGGCGAGACCAUCUGUUAAACUGAACCAUUAAAUUGUUAUGUUCUAUUUUUCUUAUAUCUUUUAAGAUAAAAUAUUUUUUUAUUAAUUUAUUCACUGUAUUUAUAUUUUCUCUUCUACCCUUCCUUUUUCCCUCCCAAUACCCUGUUUUGUUAUUACUGUGUCAGUUUUCAUGGGCAGAGAUAGCAACCAAAGUAUAUUUGCUCCAGUAACCUCAAGUACUUUCCCUGAUGCCUUUAUUCUAUAUUUGAGCAGUCUCAGAAGGAAUAUCAUUCACAGUUCCUCUUUGAUCCUGGGACUCCAAUGGAAAUAAGUCACUCUGUCUGACUUUUUUGGGUUAUCCUAGGUUCUCUACACAUAUGCUGCUAUGUAUGAUAAUUCUAUGUAACUGUAUUUGUGUAUACCUGAAUAAACUUACUUACUAAGGGAAUAUAUACUUUCCUUUCUUGAACCUAACUGACAUUUCUCAUGCACUGUAUGAUUUAGUGCAUCCCUCCUGAUUGUAUUGUUAUUACAGGAAGGCCCUGCCUGUACAGCAGAUUAGGUUCCAGGCUACCACUGUAAAGUGAAACCGCCUUUUUUCACUUUCAAAUGCAUAUAAAAGUUUGAUAACAUGUUUAUGCUAACAUAUAUUAAGUGACAAUAGAGGUAGGCCUAAAAAAAAUGCAUAUACAGUGCACAUAUUACUUACUAUAAGCUAAGUACUAAAAUAUUUUAAAAUGAGUGGUGAAUGUAUUUAUUGUAGGAAGUCUGAAUAAGUGAAGAAUGGGUAUAAUUAAAAACUACUGUAUUAGCGAAUGCCAUAAAGCUACCUCAGGAAAAUGAAGUAUGAAGUGUGGGCUUUUAUUUGCAUGAUUUGUGGUUAUUUUAUUUCAUAGCUCCUUUUGAACAGAUAGACAUUGCAUUGCAAUAGAUACACUCAAGCGUAAGACCAUGUAACACAGUGGAACCUCGGUUUUCAUCUUUAAUCUGUUCCAGAGAAUCUGACAAAAACCGAAUUCAAUGAAAACUGAAGUAAUAUUUCCCGUAAGAAAUAAUGUAAAUCUAAUUAAUCCAUUCCAGACACCCAAAAAUAUUGACAAAAAAUACAUUUUAUAGAGAAUAACUAUAGUUUUACACACAGAUAACAAUGAGAAAUACAUUUAAAUCACUUUUACCUUUAUUGAAGACUCUUUUUGGCAUAUGGAAGACAGCGAGGAAGGGAGAGGGAGGAAAGGUUAUCUCUACCACUCUCUACCACCAUCACUACCCCCCUCUACCACCAUCACAACUACUACCACCCUCUACCACAAUCACUACCCCCCUUCUACCACCAUCACAACCACUACCACCCUCUGCCACCAUCACUACCACCAUCACAACCACCCUCUACCACCAUCACUACUUAAACUACGAGAAACAAAGCCAGACUGACUCAAAAUGCAUGCGUGGGAUGCUUUGUGUGGGUACUGGCAGGCAGACACGUUUGGUAUGGUGGACGAAAACUUAGGUGAUGAACGAAAACUGGCACAAUAUUUUGACGAAAAAAGUCGUCGAAAACUGAAUUUGACGAAAACUGGUGCUCCACUGUAGUUACUAAAAAUUUUACAACAGACUGUAAGGUGUAGUGUACCCAAGCCAUAGCAAAUAAACAGUUUAGUUUCUAAUUAUAGUUACGGCCCCUCGAGUAAGGUUUCUUUAUGUUAGGUAAAAGUACACAAGUGCAACUAAUAUGACAUUAUAUUGUGGCAACAUUUCACUCUCUAGGAGCUUUGUCAAGCCGUUGCCAUAAUAAAAUGUCACACUAGUCACACUUGUGUCUUUUUACUUAACAUAUUGUCAGUAAUUAUACCAACAUUAAUACAGGUUUCUUCAUGCUGGUAUGGGACUCUUGACCUCUGUUUCCUGAGGGUACUGUAUACUCACAAAUUUAAAGGUUUAUCCUUUCCUAUGAGUGUAUGCAAUAAUUCUUUUGUAAUUAUAUUCUUGGAAAGUGCAGAAGUCAUGAGGGUUACUGAGCACCACAUAAUGUGAAGGUGUUGAUGGUAGGACAUCAUAUGAAAGGCUGGUAGUCACAUAAUUUUAUCAUUAUGUGACUACCAAGACUUGGUCUGAACAGUUUUUAAAGUUUUGUUCCAAACUUAUCUUUCUCAUUAAUAUAAAAAUCUUAGAUUUGC